CAUCAAAAUUCUCUUUGGGUUGCUAAAUAGAGAGAGGGAGAGAGAGAUGGGAAGAGCUCCAUGCUGUGACAAGACAAACGUGAAGAAGGGACCAUGGUCUCCCGAGGAGGACGCAAAGCUCAAGGAUUACAUUGAAGAGCAUGGAACGGGUGGCAAUUGGAUUGCACUGCCUAAUAAGAUUGGGUUGAAGAGGUGUGGCAAAAGCUGCAGGCUGAGAUGGCUAAAUUAUCUGAGACCAAACAUCAAACAUGGUGGCUUUACAGAAGAGGAAGAUCAAACUAUCUGCAGGCUCUACAUAAGUAUAGGGAGCAGGUGGUCAAUAAUUGCAGCCCAGCUGCCAGGAAGAACUGAUAAUGAUAUCAAGAAUUACUGGAACACAAGGCUGAAGAAGAAACUACUCGGAAAGCAAAGAGAACCGAAUCGAUCGCGAAGCCUCUACCUUAACCAUGUUCCUGGCGACGCAGCUGAUAGGUUGAAGCACGAAGCACCUUCCGAAACCCUAAGCGCAUCAGCCCUCGAGAGAAUGCAACUCCACAUGCAGCUCCAAGGCCUCCACAAUCCCUUCUCCUUCUACAACCAUCCUGAACUCUGGCCCAAGUGCUAUCAUCCACUAGGAGAUAAGAUCUUCCAAAGCCAAACCACAGAUGCUACUGCUACAACCCCUGUGCAACAAGCUCCUGAUGUAUCAAAGCUGAUGAGUACAAACAUACAAGAAACGGACUGCUUACCGUUAGGAUUUCGCUCACCCUCGAGCGGAGGUACUCUCAGCAUGGAAACUUCGAGCUCCAACUUGGAUUCUGCAACUGCACGUGUUCGAGCUGACCUCCAUGACCUGCUCUACUGCAAGAACUCCUCCACUGUAGGGCAUGAAGAGCAUCAACUUGUUGACUUAGACUGUUACAAAGAAAUAUAUGGUGAAACGGAGAGUACAAACUGGUGGCCUACUGAAGGUUUCAUGGAUCAAACAGCAAUGGUGUCUUGGGAUUCAGCCUCAGCUCUCCAUUCCGAGUUCAUGUGGCAAGAGAAUGGGUUACGGUUUGGUCUAUAGGAAGGCAAUUCAAUGAAGUUGUUGAGAAUUUAGACCUGAGCUUAUGUGCUUCCACAUGUCUAAGAACACUCAGUGUAAAGUUGUCAAUAAUACUGUAAUGCUCUUCUUCCUAGGCUUACA